CAGACAGAGUCGGAACCAUUUUAUACAAGUGAUGCAUCAGAGCGCGAUAGGUUUUUGCUGCAGUAUGACAUGUUAAACUGACAUGGCGUCUGCUUUCAAGAACCAUGCUGCUCGCAUGGCAGGAGGGGUCAAACACCUCAAACCUUCAUUUCCAGAAAAAUUGAAAGGCGGAAGAAUAGAAAAGAUUGGUGACUACUUCAACAUGAUCUUUCAAGAUUACAAAACAGUAGUCGUUGAGACUAUCCAGGACAUUAAGAAGCAGCCAGUGAAAUCCUCAUUUUACAUUUCAACACUCACUGGACUAGGAUGGUUGUACAAGACUAACCCCUCAGAAACAAGUUUCCGAACACAGCUCAUUCACAGCUCUCAAGAUCUUCUUCUUAUUGGUGAACCAAUUCGAAACCCAACCUCUGAUAAGCAUAUCCAGGAUCUCAGUCUAACAUUGAAGGAUGGUAAACUGAGGUUUCUUAGUUUAGGAAUUCUAACACUGGUCUGGAGGACACAGCACAGCCACUGGACUGGACUGUAUGACGCCCAGUGUAAACAGUUGAAGCCACAGUGGUCAGAGUUUCAUAAACACAUUGUUGAUGUGGGCAUGCUUGGCAGGUGGAUAUAUCUGGACAAAACUAUGAUUGACUAUGACAUUAACACUGAAGAGUGGGAUGAGGAUGGAAAGAGUAAGCUUGUAUGAAUAUUAUGAGUGAGUGUGUGCAUUGAUUGUUGCAACCAUAAGAUUGAUAUGUUUUGUGGAAAUAUUUCAUAAAAUUCACAGUGUUUGAUGUAUGAUUUGUGGAGGUAUGAUAGUAAUGAUUAAAUCAUUCUAAUUAUUGGCAUCAGCAACUAGAAACAUUUUUAGCAGUACUUGUAAUCUUUUGUGAAGAUUCAUUCUCACGAACAAAAUGCAAUCAGGCUGGCUACUAGCUAAUCUGAAGCCCAUGUCUGGUAAGAUUUUGUUUCGUCUGGUAAAGACAGCUGAUACUAGUCCAUAAUCUUUACAUAAUGGAGUCCAGGAUUUUAUUUUACCAGACGUGGAGGUACUGCACAUGGAAUGUAUUAUUAUGAAUAUGCUUUUGUAGUAAAUUGAUAUUUUUUGGUAUGUAUUAUUUACGGUAUUAAACAAGAAAGAAAAU